CAGUUGGCUCGAAAGCUGCUCGAACGAGCCUUUCCAAUCGCCAUUCGAUUGGACCACCCUCUUGUGCCCGCAGCUUGACUUGGUCAUUCCUUUCCUCCGUUGUUGUCCUCCUUCCAUCCAUCCAUUCUUACAUCAUCUGUCAGCCAGAUAGCUAGCUAGCUACUAGUAGUCCCAUAUAGUUGAGCAGACCAGAAUAGAGCAGACCAGACCAGACCAGAACGAUGCCUCUGAACAAAGGUCUGUUUGAAAAGAACAUUGCGGGCAACGCCAGCAGCAGCAGCAAUGGCAAAAGCGCUUCGCCUACUCCUCCGCGGCGCAAGUGGGGCAAGGCGGGGAGCAAGGCUACUAGUUCAAGUACAAGUACGCCAAGUAGCAACAGUGACGACAAACCAAAACCGAAAUGGGGCGCCCCCAAACGAUCGGGGAGUAACACGAGUAUCGGGAGUACCGAUUCGACGAGUAGCAAGUUCAACUCUUCCACCAGCAAAUUCAAUUCCAGUUCUUCCAGUUUUGGCAAAUUGAAUUCGUCUGCUAGUAAAUUCAAUUCCAGUUCAGGAAAACUGAAUUCCAGUUCUUCCAGUUUGAAAAAAUGGAAUCAAAAGGAAGAAAAAGAGGAAAAAGUAAAAGAGGAACCACCUGUUGUUGUCACGGAUGAACCUACCAAAGAGACAGCAGCAACAACACCCAAAGAGAGUGACAUGAACAGCACACUGACCGAGUCCACGGCAGACAUGACGGAAAAACUAGAAGCCAGCAAUGGAGACAUGGCUAGUUCUGGAGAUGGUCCUGAUCACAAUUGGGCUUCAGCUGCGACUACAACAGCCACUCCUGAAGCAGAGGGUAAAAAAGGAGGAGACAAGAGCAGCAGCAGUAAAAAAGACGGCAAAAAAGGCAAAAAGAAAUCAAAAGCGAGCGACAAGGGAUCCAUCUUUGCUCUCGAUGAAGGCGACUACUUGAAAGAAGUUCCACCCGAAAAGAGGACCAAAGGAAAAUUCGAUUGGUCCGGUGUGGACAGUGUCAUUGCGUCUGUCAUUUUCGAUAAGAAAAUUGAAAAGAAACGCGACAAACUCAAAACAAAACUAGAAAAUAUCAACAAUACGCGCGAAGACAAUCUCCAAAUGAUGAAAGAUCACGUCACGGAACAAAAGAAAAAACUCGAUGAAUCCAAAGACAAGGUCCGCAAACGCAUGUACGAAGCCUGUGCGGGAAUGACCUACACGGAAAUGGAGGCAAAAGCACAAGAACAACAGGAAAUUGUCAAGACACUCAAAAAGAGCAACAAUAAACUACGACAAGAUACCGAAAAAAUGAGAACGCAAGUCAAGAAUUUACGAGUCAACAAUAUGAAACUAGAGGCCGCCAAUCAACAAUCGGAAGCGGUACUGGAACAAUUGAAGGAUCGCAAAAAGAGUGUCGAUGCCCGCUACGAACACUUGACCAAAGUCGUUAUUCCACCCUAUCAAGAACGCAUCAAGGAAAUGCAAGAUGUCGUAGAAGAACGCAAGUUAUAUGGACACAAUGAACAUCGGACGCGGAUGCGAUAUGGAAAUUACAUUAUUCGAUUCAUUGAUAAAAUCGAUCAGAGUGGGGAAUCCGACAAAUUCAAGACACUUAUUUUUGAAAUGGGCAAAGAGAUUGAAGGUGGAGAAAUACCCGACUUAUCUGAUGACGAUUCCGAUUCCGAGGACAUUGACGAAGACAUUACCAUGCCAGUGCCUCCUGCCAAUCUUGGAGAAUCCAUCGUGUUGGGAGAUAUUGCCGACAAAAAGGACGAUGAUGAUGAUGAUGACGACGACAACAACAAUCACAAGAGCAGCAGCAAAAACAACAACAAGAGCGUCAGCAAGCAGGACGACAGGUCACUGUGGGAUCGACAUGGCAGCAAAGACAAGAACAAUAAAUCGUCGGGAAAACUCAAUGCCAGCUCUGGAAACAUGGGAAAGCACAACGAUCUGCUCGAAAAGGCCAAUCGAGCCAAGGCCAACAAUUUCAAUGGGGCCGUCAUUUUGUCCGAUAGCAGCAGCAGCAGUAGUAGCAGCAGUGAGGACGAGUCGUCCGUUGGAAGUAACGAUUCGUGAGUGCCCCCAAACAAGCAACGGCAACAACUUAUUUGGGUGUGUGGAGGAUGGUGGUGUCAUUUGAUGUACUGUAUUUGGGUCAUGCUACGAUCGAUACGAUACGAUACGCCCAGGUGUAGCGAGAAGACCGCCCACACACACACGACAAUCUACGCACAUGUUCGAACACUACGAAGAGCUUUUGUUCGUUUCAUGUUUCCUCUCGUGGUGCUUUCAUACACCCCAUUCCAAAACCCAAAGCUAUCGUAUCGUAGCCCGCGAGUCAGUUUGGUAGAUCCCCUUGUCCAGCCGUGCAACACGAAACGGAGAAAAAAGCGCACAUGGCAGAUCCAACUGAAACAAGGAAAUAGUCGAGUGACAGGUCGAAUGGCCUGACUAGGUGCGUCGAACAAGGGAAUGAAUCGAAUCGAUCGAAUCAAUCGUUACAAACUUAACGCGACAACAUGAAACGAAAGCAAGUCCACCUACGACCAGGGCUCGGGUUUUUGAAGCAGGCAGGAAACCGAGUGGGUCUGAACGCUUGGGCAACAACAAAGCGAGAACAGCUGCCGGAACAAUGAUCCAAUUUGUACCGUUUACAACCAAGUAACAGACUGGCCAGGGCUGGGUCGACUGUGGCGUAGCUCAUCCCAACUGCUUCUCUAGUAAUAACACGUUGGUGUGCCUCUGUUCUACGAGUGACUCAGUCGAGUCGAAUUUCCAUGUACCGUACGAUCGCAAACUUAGUGUUGGGGCGCGUUGGUAGAUCCGGUACGGCAGGUGCAGUGCUUCCCCCCGCGGCAUAGCGGAAACCAAUAUCUGUUGCUUCCUACUGAACAGAGAGACAAUACCAUUUGAUCAGCACGACACAUGAUUCAGGAAAAAGGAGGCUGUGGCCACCGGCGGUAUCGUUUCGUGCUGCGGUGGAAGCUGGUGGAUUUCUAUUGUAGUGAAGGCAUCAACUUCACCGCAUCGCUCGUAUCGUACCGUAUCGAGCCCUCGAAGCUUUUGAAUUCUGGAAUGUUCAGCGUUUUUAAAAUAUUCAAUGCUUCUUCGAUAGGGGACAUCUACCGUACCGGUAUAUACGGUAGAUCUCAUCAAGAUACAUGGGUGCUUGACAUCCUACUCUGGUUUUGCUGGUGGAGUUAGCUGGCGGAGUUAGCUGGCGUGAUCUGCUUGGCUGUUGCAAGUGUAAAUUCAACAUGACGCCACUGCCAAAGGAAUGUGAUGUGAUUUCGAAAAUGCGAUGGGUCUGCAACGAAACAUUCAAUCCAUAAUAGCUUGGCCAGUUGGAAGUCUGUCGAGUUGAGUAGGAUUAAAGCCAUGGCAUUCCAAAUAGCAGGAAACCUCUUGUCGAGUGGCCUCAAGUCAGGGCAGAAACUGUGAUGAAGAUAGUAAUGUCCAACAAUCCAUAUCCGGAGCUAUCGGGAGUGUUUAAAGCCAUUUUGGGCUGGAAACCCUUCAUGUCAAAUAUCAUGGUGUUGGAACUGUGUUGCAAUGCAUGGGAAAGGUAACGCCCAGGAGCCUCUUGGAUGAGUGCCUCCAGGUCAAGGAAUCUGGGAUCUCGUAUUCUUCUCAAAACGUUGCGGGUGCUUGGCUCUUUGCUGCUAUCACGGCUAGUUGAGAGUAGAAGAAGUCUGACUUUUUGUCCAGCUCUGGAGUCCCCUCAGUGAUUACCUUCAUGGCCACGUCUUGUCGUCUUGUCUCCUUUCCUCCGGAGACAAUUCCAUUCUAUCCUUCUGGGAUCAUCAAUCCCCAGCCAAUCGUCUCCUCCUCUUCUAGCUUGGUGUGCCAUAUCUACAAUAAGAAGAGCACAUCUUGUGGUUUGCUCGUGCAUGUAUCUACAGUGGCCGUGGUACUCUUCGUAGCUCGCUAGUGUACCUACCGGUAGCUAGUGCCGUCGUAGCUGGCACCAGACCGCAACACCCGACCCAAGAUAGUGCACAAGCGAAAAUCCUAUUCUUUGCAAUGCAAAACUGUGCGCUACAAGGAUUAUGCAUCAUCACAACAAGGAGAAUGUGUGUUCGUUGCGGUAGCGCUUUGCCAGUGCAGCCUUCCAUUGUUGCAAUGUCUUUUGAUUGGAUACUUCAACAGACGGGGAUAAGUAAAUCUCAUCAAGAUACAUGGGUGC